CUCUCUCUCUCUCAAUUAAAUUAAAUUCAAGGGGCUUUAUUGGCAUGGGAAACAUAUGUUAACAUUGCCAAAGCAAGUGAGGUAGAUAAUAUACAAAAGUGAAAUAAACAAUUAAAAUUAACAGCAAACAUUUAAUAUACAGAAGUUUCAAAAGAAUAAAGACAUUACAAAUGUCAUAUUAUGUAUAUAUACAGUCUUGUAAUGAUGUACAAAUGGUUAAUGUACAAAAGGGAAAAUAAAUAUGCAUAAAUAUUGGUUGUAUUUACAAUGGUGUUUGUUCUUCACUGGUUGACCUUUUCUUGUGGCAACAGGUCACACAUCUUGCUGCUGUGAUGGCACACUGUGGUAUUUCACCCAGUAGAUAAGGGAGUUUAUCAAAAUCGUGUUUGUUUUCAAAUUCUUUGUGGAUCUGUGUAAUCUGAGGGAAAUAUGUGUCUCUAAUAUGGUCAUACAUUGGGCAGGAGGUUAGGAAGUGCAGCUCAGUCAUCACCUCAUUUUGUGGGCAGUGAGCACAUAGCCUGUCUUCUCUUGAGAGCCAUGUCUGCCUACGGCGGCCUUUCUCAAUAGCAAAGCAAUGCUCACUGAGUCUGUACAUAGUCAAAGCUUUCCUUAAGUUUGGGUCAGUCACAGUGGUCAGGUAUUCUGCCACUGUGUACUCUUUGUUUAGGGCCAAGUAGCAUUCUAGUUUGCUCUGUUGUUUUGUAAAUUCUUUCCAAUGUGUCAAGUAAUUAUCUUUUUGUUUUCUCAUGAUUUGGUUGGGACUAAUUGUGCUGCGGUCCUGGGACUCUGUGAGGACUGUUUGUGUUUGUGAACAGAGCCCCAGGACCAGCUUGCUUAGGGGACUCUUCUCCAGGUUCAUCUCUCUGUAGGUGAUGGCUUUGUUAUGGAAGGUUUGUGAAUCGCUUCCUUUUAGGUGGUUGUAGAAUUUAACGUCUCUUUUCUAGAUUUUGAUAAUUAGUGGGUAUCGGCUUAAUUCUGCUCUGCAUGCAUUAUUUGGUGUUCUACUUUGUACACGGAGGAUAUUUUUGCAGAAUUCUGCAUGCACAGUCUCAAUUUGGUAUUUGUCCCAUUUUGUGAAUUCUUGGUUGGUGAGCGGACCCCAGACCUCACAGCCAUAAAGGGCAAUGGGUUCUAUAACUGAUUCAAGUAUUUUUAGCCAGAUCCUAAUUGGUAUGUUGAAUUUGAUGUUCCUUUUGAUGGCAUAGAAUACCCAUCUUGCCUUGUCUCUCAGAUCGUUCACAGCUUUGUGGAAGUUACCUGUGGUGCUGAUGUUUAGGCCGAGGAGAUCCAACCAGAUGAGGUUUUGAGGCAGGACCCCGCCCCGAUCUCUGCCUCCUCCCCCUCUCCACUACCUGUCUCCUGAUGUAUAGAACCCAUUGCUGAACGGUUUGAUGGAGAGUUGUAACCAGUUUAAUGUCAGCAGGAACAGUAGUAAUAAGUGGAGGACUUCUCGCCACAGUCAUCCUGCUCUGCAUUGUAGCAGUGCUGUGCUACUGCAGGCUCCAGUACUACUGCUGUAAGAAAAAUGAGUCGGAGGUGGACUUUGCUUCCAUGGCUGGAGGAGGUGACAGAACGGGAGGAGGAGAAGGGGAUGCUCAAGGGGAGGUUCAGGCUCACUUUGCCUGCAAUGCCUGCAGCGCCCCUGGGAUGGACAGCCUGGCUGUCACCCCUCUCUGCCUGGAGCCCCUGGAGGUGGGCCCUCCUCCCAACUACUGCCCCACCUGCUCCCCCUUCUGGCUACGCCCGGGACUUAGUGACGAGCUGCACAACGGAACCGAGCGGCUGGGAUUCCAUACGUAUCACUAUGACAACCCCGGACUGUGUCAAUCACUGCCCCUGUCAGACACACCGCAGGCGCCCUUCUUUUUGACCCAGCCCGGCCAAUCCCCUUUGAGCUACUAUAGCCCCGUUGACACCUACCCUAACACACCCUGCAGUAACAGACGCCCCUACAGCACACCGGUUUGACACACAUGGACACACACACACACACACACACACACACACACACACACACACACACUGACGUCACACAUACACUCAUACAAACACUCCUUCUCCCAGGGGAAAGAGACCCAGAGACAUCUAGAGUAUCACCCAUCCAGGGGAGAGAGCCACACACUGAACCCACAGACGGAGCCUCCUGAUCGGGACAGAACUACACACGGACCCUUGUCUGGUGCAGCGGUGUGGAGUUCUGGUCAUCUGGUAACCCAUACAGUGGAGGAGAUGUUGGGUUUGACUAUGGGAGAUGAUGGGAGAAGAUAGACGAGAGCAGCAACACACUGUUGUUUCUCUCUCUUUCUCUCGAUCUGUCUUUCUCUCCCUCAUUUUCCGUCAUCUCUCUCCUCUGCCUGAAACCUGAUAAUGUGAACGAGGUGACUGACAUGAGGGCUAUAUGUGUUUUCAUUGUAAGUUUGUAAGAUUUUUUUUUCUUCCAGAGUUUAAAGGAGCAGUAUGUCCCUGGUUGACCCUUAGAAUUUCUUUUUUUUUGCAGUUUUACAUGUGAUUUAAAAAAAUAUAUAUAUUGUAAGGGGAUAUCCGGAUGCAUUAUAUAUAAUCCUGGCUAAAACAAUACAAACACACAAACAUUUUAGCCAACGAGGGCAUCUGUUUGUCUAAUUCUAUGAUGUUUCACUUGGCUCUUACCCUGUCCUUCAAAACAGAGAUUCUGUACAUUUACUAAAAGUUGUUCAUCAUGACACUGUUGAUAAUAUAGACUAGUAUUGAUAAAAGAGAUUUGACUGUUUUCACACAAUGCACUUUUCUCACAGGGUGCGUCCCAAAUUGCAUUGUAUUCCCUAUAUAGUACACUACUUUUGACCAGGACCCAUAUGGGUCUGGUCAAAAGUAGUGCACUAUCUAGGGAACAGGAUGCCAUUUUCGACAAAGCCAUAGUCUUCACAUCUUAGUCUUCCUCACUUCUCGUCCUUUUGUAAUUCUUUGUUAGAGAGUUGAUGGGAAAAUGGACAUCUGUCUGUUCACGUGUUGAUUUACUGGAAAAAAACACUCAAAGUUUGUGUUCACUGCUAUGUAGUCACACACUCACACAAAGACACUGCUUGCUGCCUGUAGUCUGCCAAUGAAGGUAACUUUAAUAUUGAAUUCACUAAUUCUAUAAUAUAUUUAUUUUUUCUAUUAAAGGUGGACUCUGAAAAAUGACAUCAUCAUACACAGCAGGGCAACUUCCUGCCUUCAGACAAUUUGCACUGUUCAUUGACACAUGCCCAUAUUGGGAAGAGCCAGUGACAGAUUAUAAUUUUGUUGUUGAUGAUGUCUCUAAACAGGAAGUUGACCCGAGGUGUACGAAGAUGUCAUGUAGCUGAGUCUCCCUUUAAAAUGAACUCUCUGAAGAUGAAUUCCACGUUUAACACACAAUGUUCCUUUUUGAAGAUAAAUGAAUAUGUAU